GUAACAUCAUAUUACAUGUACUUAUAUUGAACAAUCAUUGUUGAUAUUGUAGUCGUGUAAAAUAUUAUUAUGUGUCGGGAUGUUAUAGACUGAAGGUAAGGGACAUAGACAGCAUCCAGCCAACAGUGUGUGAACGAAAUGAGGCAAUGUUUUAUACAAUUUAGCCAUCAACAAAGUGGUGGUUGACGUGUAGAGACUUGAAUAUCCUGUUUGUGUCACGUGUUUGUUUAAGAGGGGCUAAUAUAGGAUAUUACCAGGAUUUAUUACUGUACAAUAAUACUUGAUAAACAUUCAUUUUAAUAAAACACAAUGGCUGAACAGACAGAUCAUGAAGUAUGCAGUAUUUGUUUAAAUGACUUUCAGGAACCUAAAAUUAUUGAAUGUCAACACUCUUUCUGUUACAACUGUCUAGAGGAUUACGUUCACCGAACGUCAACUAAUGGGCAGUUUCUUUGUCCACUUUGCCGUCAGAAUAUUAUUGUUCCUUUAGGUGGUAUGAAUGAAUUUUCAUCUAAGCAGCAAAUGGCGAAUGACUCAACUCUACAAUUUCACCAAUGUGAUGUGUGUUUAGAUAUUCAAGCAACAUGUCGAUGUCGCGAUUGUCAACAACAUUUAUGUGAGUCGUGUAAAUCAACACAUGAUAAGUUUGUUGGUUGUAAAAGACACAUCGUUGUCAAGUUACAUGUAGAUGGAAUUUCAGACCAUAGCUCCGAGACACAUGAUGUUGAUAUAUCUGAGAAUUCAAGAGGCGCGCCCGUACACCCCGCCGAUUUCUGUCCAAAUCACCGGAAAAAGAAAAUAGAAAUCUGCUGUAAAGAUUGUUUGGUGGCGGUUUGCUUUAAAUGCUUUGCUCAAGAUCACAACGGACAUUCAUUUCUGGAUCUACAAGAAGAUGAUGUGCGAGAACAAAUCAGAGGUGAACUAAAAACACUGAAAGUAGAACUAGAAAAAUAUAUCAUCAAACUUCAAAACCUUUCUUCAUCUUUACAAAGUACAUUAUCUGAAGUGCAAGAAGCAGCCAAAUCGGCUUGUGAGAACGUUGAUACGCAUGUCAGAAACAUUUGUGCUAAAGUUCAUGAAAUGGGAGAAAACAUAAAAGAAGAAAUCCAAACAACCUGCAACGAAGAAAAUGAAAAAUUUACAAAGCUGAUGACCGACAUUAAAACUCUGACUGAAGAUUUGCAAUCUGGUGACAAAUUUUCCACGAGUAUUCUGGAAGAUAAUUCUAUUGUUCAAGUUUUGGAGAGACUGCCAAGAGUGUUCCAGGAAGCGGAACAAUGCCGUUCCAGAAAGUUUAAUAUCCCGGAUGUAAUGUAUCUAUCAUUUAAAAGAACGGAGAUAAAUGAGACAGUUCUACGAGAACAACUGGGUGAAGUAGAUACAUGUAUACAACAUGAAACAAGAUUUAUUACAACAUUUAAUAUAAAUCAGUUCAAACCCGCUGAAAUAGUAUAUGGUUCUGUUAAAACAUUUCACGGUUUACCAUGGUGUGUCUCUGCAUCUAAAAUGUUGCCAGACGAAUCAAUAAAACCUGAAAUGUUGGAUGUUUUUCUACGUUUAAUCAAAACAGGCCGACGUUCAGAUAUUUUAUCAUGUCAAGUUGAUUUCUCCCUGGAACUGAUCAACCAUAAAGAUGAAAAUAGAUCGAUGACAAGGCACAGUACAUGUAGUUUAAAAGACUUUCAUGAUGCCAUAGGAUGGGGAUUUAACACUUUUACUACCUGGGACAUAUUAACAAACCAAGACAGUGGUUUUCUUGAUUCUAACAACAACUUCAACAUACAAGUUAUAUUGAAACUAAUGGAUGUUAAAAGGGACUUACGUCUUUGGAAUGUGGCAACUGUAUUACCUGGAACAUAUUAACAAACCAAGAAAAUGGAUUUCUUGAUUCUAACAACAACUUCAACAUACAAGUUAUAUUGAAACUAAUGGAUGUUAAAUGGGACUAACGUCUUUGAAAUAUAAAUAAAUCUAGCAGAAAUAUAAUGUGUGUUUCUUUGUUGUCAGAGUCGUUAGUAACUAGAUUGUGUUGAUUUCCUUUUUUUGGACCAGGAACUUGUCUCCAAGAGCUACUCAUCUUCGUUGUCAUUGGACAAUUGUGGAUUGAAUGACGGACUUCAAUUCUUGAAAUGAUACUAUUAGAAGACGGCUGUGAUGACAUCAUUCUCUGUUCCAGAUCUACAGUUUGGCGGUAUUUGUUCUUAAAUAUUUGGGCUAGAUUUAAUUAUUUCAGAGCAUUUCUAACCAUUCUGAUAAUAGCACUGAUUUGGAAAAUAGGGUUUUGAAUUGGUGUUAUCGGAGUUUGGACACAUGAUUUGUAAAGGAGAAUUCGGUGAUUUCAACUUUAAUUGUGUUCUAGCAUUUUAUACAUCGUGUCCUUUCACUUGAUUCAUGGGGUCAAAUUCGACGAUUUUGUUUUUAAUUGUAGGUUUUAACGCUGUGCAGGAUCGAUAACUCGAUUCACCAUUAAAAAUGUGAGUAGCACAGCAGAGGGACUUUUAAAUGAGAUUAAAUCAAUUAACGAUUACCUGGCGAGGACGGAAAUGAAAUACCUGGCAGGUAACUCCAUCACGCACCUAGAUUGUCUGGUAAUGCCCAAAUUACAGCACAUCCGCAUCGCAGCCGAAGCCUUCAAAGAUUUCCUGAUACCUCGAAAAUAUACGCAUUUUUGGCGCUACAUGGAAACCGCUUACAAUAACGACACCUUCCGUAAGACAUGCCCAUCUGAUCAAGAGAUAGUUUUUCACUGGAGCUCUAAAAGGGAGACAACUCCUUUACCAGAGAAGAAAAGGCGAUUUUAUACGAUUGAUACAGAACCCAAGUUUACCCUGACUGUUCCGCAUUAAAUAUAUGAGAUUAUUUGAGGAUGGAAUGUUUUAUUUUUUUAUUUAAAGGAUCUCUUUUAUCGUAAACCUGUAGUAAACCCUGUCGUAUUCACCAGGGUUGCGAUCAGGAGUAUGGACCUUAGGUAUUUAUAGCAUUACUUUAAUUAUUGAAAGACAUAAACAUCAUCUUGUGUCGGAAGCAGUUUUACAAUAAAACCUGUUUUUGCAUGAAAAGUGAAGAUAUUAUAAUAUACCUGUUUUGUUUAUAAAAUGGAUGGACAGUUUCAGCUUUAGUGUGGCCAGGAUUUUUAUAACAAGAGAGGAUUGUUCCAUGGGCAGAAGUAUUAAUGUUUGAAUGUUUGGCAGAGAUGGAGGUGAAAAUUAUUGGUGUACAAACAUGUUUUGGAUAAGGAACUCGAUCAGCAGAAAUAACGAUAUCUUAGCGUUGAUCAUAACAAGAGAAAAUAGAGCAUGGAUAUAGCUAUCUUCGAUUGAAAAGUAUAUCUUCACCCACAGACACCCUCAACCCUACACCUAGAGACACCCACUGCCCCCCCCCCCUUUGCCACCAUUACUGUGUAAUUUACUUAAGUGACUUGAUCAAAAUAAUUUAUAUACUUGAUUGUACAAACUGAUGUCUAAAUCUACACAACUCCAGUUUCAGUGGACAUCAAACUAUUAGACUUAAGUAUUACUACAUGUAGAUCCAUUUUCAGUUCCCUAAAUUAUCUAGUCAAAGCUUGUAUUCUAGUUACCAUGGAUACCAGACUCUAGUUACUAUGGAUACCAGACUCUAUAUGGAUACCACACAUCUAUUUUUAGUUAAAUAUGCAUAUUUCAUUUCUGGGAAGUUUCUACUUCCCGUAUAUAAUCUAGUCAAAACUAAGAUUCUAGUCGUAUAUAAUUUAAAUGGCUGUCUAAGUUAUAUUCUAGUCAUAUAUAAUUUAAAAGGCUGUCUAAAUUAACUAUAUUUCAAUUUGUAAAUUAAAGCCGCUGACCGCCAUUUGUAUGAAUCCCUUGUAGAUUGUGAUAUAUGAGUGUGUCAAAGGAAUAUUAGUCCUAUCUAUGGUUCAGCUUUGUGACUGUCUGAGUAUAUAUACAUGUAUAGUCCUUAAAUAGUUUACAGGUGUUCAUGUGACCCUAGGUGGAACUAUAGUUUAGGGCUGUCCAUGCAGGUACUAAUUAAGUGUUAAUAACAUUGGUGGCAUUCAGAGGGGGUGAUGGCCUUUGGCAUUUAUUUCAUGAGGGCAUCCAAUCAAAGAGUGAAAUUAAUAUUAAGGUGUUAACAUUUGUUGUACAAAUUGCCCUAUUCAAUUUCAAGAAAAGUUUAUGUCAUCUAAUUUUACAUUUUAGAAUUGUCUCCCUUUGUUAGUACUGAACCACUAGAAUCCAGUCUUAAUGGUUUACACCGUCAUGGAGUUGGCUCUAGGCAUUACCAAAACUAUGCAUGUCACUGCAUUUCUGAGAUUGUAAGGAUGCUUUUGUCAUCUGUUUAAUGAAGUUAGGGAGAUUUUGAUUUCUGCACGAAAUUAAACUAGGACUAGCCAACUUUUUUGUUUUAUUAAUUACAAAUUAUAUACUUUUAACAUUUUUGCAAUUUAUAAUAUAUAUAUUUUAUCAAUUUUAUUAUCUAGUCAACAAUAUGUUUUACUGCUAAUUAAUAAUAUUUACAAGAUUUUUAAGAUGUUUAUGUUUUAUCUAGUCACAAAUAUUUGCCAUUUUAAGUGUCUUGCGUCCUAAGAAUCUCGUGACAUGUCUAGUGUCCAGUAACAACCCUGUAAAUUUCGAAGCAUUCAUCUCAUAGGUAUUAUGUAAUGUUUAUCAAGUUAAGCCCCCCUGACACAAUUUUCUUUCCGCAAUGGCGUGCACUUUGGCAUAUCAAUGAUUAUAGACUUCGGGAACGAGCAUGAGGAGUGCGUGAAGAGUGCAGGCGUGCGUGCCAUGUCGUAGAAAAAAUUUUGAAAUUUUCUAAAAUUCGGCAUUGCAUCGAUGUUCGUACCUCUUGUGUGAACCAUGUGUACAAACAUGGCUGACAGUGCGUAUCAAUGCAGGAAGACAGUGGGAACUAUGCGUGUUGUGCAGGACACUGCGUUAGGGCAGACAUGGACUAUGUAAAAACAAUAGUUAACCUAUGCGUAAACAAAUAGUGGUUGAACGACCCUGCACGUAUGACGUCAUUUGUGGAUUGUGCGUUAGGGUAAGGCUUGGUCCAGGGUUAGGGUUAGCGCUAGCCCUGUUUACAUCUCUAGACUUUGACUAAAUCUGCAGGUCCUAACCCUUGCCCUAACCCUAACACAUAAUCCUACACAGUGCACAAUGGGCCAACAGGGUGCAAAGAGGCCUUCACCGAAAUGGCACGUCUUGCCACGACAUAUUGCGUGGCAUUGCGGUGACAAAAAUCGCUGAAUUGUCGGGUUGGUAUUAUAUUUUAUCUAGUCACAAAUAUUGACCAUUUUAAUCUUUUAAAAUGAACGAUGUUUCUAUGAUGUUUUAUUGUUUAUCUAGUUGUUUAUCAUGUUAGUGACACAAGUUAGUUUUAUAAAAGUUCAAACAUGGUUUCUUAUUUGACAGCCCCGCUUGUACGUGACAAGGAGUAGGGUCGUGGGUUUUCUCCGAGUCUUCUGGUUUCCUCCCAAUGCUAAAGACCCCUACGCGCAAACGAAUUAUUGAAAUAAAAAAAUAAAGCACAUGUUAGUCCCGAAAUGACCUAGUUUGUGUCGAUUGCUCUCGCUCUCUCUCUCUCUCUCUCUCUCUCUCUCUCUCUCUCUCUCAUUUGACAGAUUUUGGAAUUUUGCAUCUCUAGCAAACUUCAAUUAUCAUGAAAGUUAAGUCUCUAGGUGGAAUAUGGAGUUCUCCUGUAAACUUAUAUAAGUUCAUUAUCAUUCAGGACAUAUUUAAAGUUAUCGCUCUGGGCCCGUUUCUCGAAAUCUUAACUAAAGAUAAAAUCCAAAUUUUAGUAGAUACUUUAAUUUUGAUUGGCUAAGCACUAAAAUCAGUCUAAUAUUAUUCAAUCAAAUUAAUAAAGUUUGGAUUUUAUCUUAGUUAAAAUUUAAUGAAACAGGCCCCAGGUUGGAAGUAUAAACCACUAAACCUAUCACAUAAUUAGGUCUUAGUUUUUAGGGUUGCAUAAAUAUUGAUCGUAUAAAAUGUACGACUGGCAAAGUUUUCAAACAUAAACCUUGUUUGAAACAUAAAUAAAUUCAUUAUGCUCUGGUUUCAAUCACCCUUAAUGGCAGCUGUGUCAGACCACUAAUUAAGUCAUUAUCAAGUGUUAUGUAAAGUUUAUAUACUGAUUAACAACUCUACUUUCAGUUUGUAUAUUUUGUUAUAUUUCUGUCAGAAUAUUGACUUAAUCUUAAAUCAAUAUUAUCUGUUGCACACUUGACACCAGAUGGUGCACUUAUAGCAACUAUUUUUAUAAUUUUAUGACAUAUAGCAACUAGUUUGAUGUUAUAAUAGACAUUUUACUGGGGUCUGUUCUGUUCAGACUGGAGAGAGAGAGAGAGAGAGAGAGAGAGAGAGAAAUGGGGUUUAAUGUCCACUCACACGAACUAGGUCAUUUCUGGACUAACACAUGGUUCAAUUUUAUUUCAAUAAUUUGCUUGCACAGGGGUCUUUAGCAGUGGGAGGAAACCGGAGGACCCGGAGAAAACUCAUGGUUGGCUCAAUGACAGACCGUAUGAUACAGGACAGCAUGCAUGUGCUAGGGAUUCGACCAUCCAACCCGCUGUUCAGACUCGACUAAUGACGACAGACACACCAUUCGAGGGUGCUAAGGUGAAAAUUUUGCCCAGAAAGUCGCACUAUAUAAUGGCCUGCUCUUAUUUUAAAUUCCAACUUUCAUGGGUUCUUUCUUGUGUGCACCCCAACAACUUGACAGUGCCCUUUGCCAGGCCCGCCUGCCUGCACCACUGACAAGGGGGAGCCAUUCUAUAAAAAUAUCAUGAACUGUCUCGACCGACACCUGUGGGCUGGAACACAAGACUUUAUUUGAAUUUAAACAUUCAUUUGUCUAACUUGUGCAGGACUUUUAGAAAUGUUUGAUACCGGGCUUACUCUUUAAAAUUAGUUGUGGGAAUUUUCUAUAUUUAAAAUAAUCAUUGAUCGAUAAAAACCCAUUCAGUAAUUUAUUUUUAAUUUGGGGCUGGUGCAGAAAAAUAGGACAUUAAACCACAUUUUAUUUAAAUUUAAAUUCGAAGCUGAAAAAUAGGUUGUAAAACACAAUUAUAUUUAAAAAUAGAGAUUAGUGCAAAAUCAAAAAAGUAGGACAUUAAACUCCAUUCCAUUUAAAUUUGGGGCUAGUGCAAAAAAGUAGGAUGUUAAAAAACCGCAUUUAAUUAAAUUUGGGGCUAGUGCAAAAAACUAGGAUGUUAAAAAAACGCAUUUAAUUAAAUUUGGGGCUAGUGCAAAAAAGUAGGAUGUUAAAAAACCGCAUUUAAUUAAAUUUGGGGCUAGUGCAAAAAAGUAGGAUGUCGUAAAACCGCCUUUUAUUUAAAUUUGGGGCUAGUGCAGAAGAGUAGGAUGUUAAAGGCCAUUUUAUUUAAAAUGAAGUGAAUCAGUUGGUAAAGAAAGUAUUUAUAUGUUUAUCAUGUGAGAGUUAUUGUUAUAGAUUUAUUUAUAUCAUGACAGGAAAUAAAACAGGUUGUCUAGUAUUAUACUAAUACUAUAUAUACCAUACUUAUACUGACAUAUAUACAUAUUACAUACUCAUGUUGUCACAGGAUUCUAACCACAACUAUAUAUAGAGUCAGUCUGUCCAACUAUAAUAUGUGACAAGGAGUAGGGUCACCUGUCCAACCGCGUGGGAUUCCCUCACACUGCUAACAGAAUUAUUGAAAUAAAAUUAAACCAUAUGUUAGUCUGGAAAUAACCUAGUUUGUGUCAAGUGGACCUUAAACCCUCUCUCUCUCUCUCUCUCUCUCUCUCUCUCUGCAGGUCUAAGGAAAUUUAGUCUUCCAAAUUUUACCACUACAUAUAUUUUAUUAAUAAAAAAAACAUGACGGUGUAGAAUUUCAAUGACAAAUCUAAUAUAUUAUAUUCAAUAAUGUUUACAUUUUAGGAAAUCUUUCAAUUUUCAGUUUUUCUGUUUGUACAGUUUGUAAUUUGAAGCAAGAGAUUUGAAUUGAUUGUUUUAUUGUCUUUAUGUUAUUUUAGAAAAAAAAAAAUAUAAAAUUUUUAAAAUAUGUAAAUUAUAUGAAAUAAUAAAAAGUUUACAAUAUAUUUUAGAAAUAUUUAGAUAGUUUAGUAUAUUGAAUAUAAAACUUGUUUACCAAAAUACUCUAAAUGCCAUUUGGGGAAAAGGAACAGUCUAUAUUUAGUAACUAAGGAAUACCAAAAGGCUCAUAUAAAAGGGAAUUCCCCAUUGGUGUUUACCGUUUUUGGGAAACAAGUUCGUCACAAUUAGUAUGUAGUGAAUAUAGCCUAUAUUUUUUUAUGUAGAAAUAAGAAGUCAAAUAAAAUUAAUCAAUAACCAAAAUUGUAUAUUAAAUAUUAUUAUUUUUUUUUAGAAAAUACAAUAUUUUCAGUUUC